CGGUGACAGACAUGGAGGUGGGCACAGAGACAGACAUAGAAAUGGGCAUGGAGACAGACACAGAAACGGGCAUGGAGACAGACACAGAAACGGGCAUGGAGACAGGUGCGGAGGCAGGCACAGAGACAGGUGCAAAGGCGAGGACGGAAGUACACGAGGUACCUAUAGGGUCAGUAAUCUGGAAGGAGACAGACAUAGAAACAGGCAAAGAGACAGGGGCAGAACAUGAUGACGGAGUCUGUGUGGACGAAGUGGUUUGUGGAUUAGGAAGAGGGGUAACGGAUGGAGACAAAACCAGGGGAGGUAGGACUGGUGAAGACAGGGGUGGUAGAGUAGUCGGAAGGUGGGUAACAGACGGCGAUAAAACCAGGGGAUAUAAAAGCGGUGAAGACGGGGGGGAUGAAGUCAAGGGUAGUGAAGUGGCUGAAGCAGAGACAGGGCGGGUCGUCGUAGGUGAGACCCGAAGAGGGGACUCUGCAGCUGGUAAUGCAGGCAUGGCCACGGAUGCCACGGAGGAACGCACCGAGACCAAGGGCGACACAACAGAUGCGGUGGUCACGAAUGCCAUGGAGGAACACACCGAAACCAAGGGCGACACAAUGGCUGCGGUGGCCACGGAUGCCAUGGAGGAACACACCGAGACCAAAGGCGACACAGCAGCUGCGGGUCGAGAUGCUCCCGCGGAAUCAAUCGUCGAAGCAACCAAGGCCGAUGAGGAAGAGGCUGCGAACCGAAAAGGGGCAGCCAAGGUCACAAACGACAUGGAAGGGGUUACUAAGACUGAUGAGGACGCAGGUGCGGCAGACGCAGGUAAUGAAGAAGAGGUUGUGAUAGGUGUGACAGGCGCCGAUAAUGAAGAAGGGGCUGUGACAGGCGUAGUCCGAGGACAGUGUGUAGAUACCCGAGAAAGCGGGUGAUGAAUAGACCAUCGAAGCAUGAUGCGAAACCAGCUGGAGAGGCGGGUCACAUGCGCAGGGUACCUGUGUUGACGUUUACGAAUAUAGGAAGUC